UGGUGCUAAGAAAAAAAAAAAAAAACAAAACAAACACAGAUCUGCCAGUUGCAGGCUUGUGGUCCGAGGCUCGCUUAGCUCGGCCCCACGGCUUGCGCGACGCGCUCUGGGCUCAUCCUCACCGCAGGGUGCUCGGUGUUGUUGGGUAAACAUUGGUAAAGGGCUUCCUUCUGCCCAAAACAGCGAGAGCUGCUGCUCCGUAGUGUCAUGCUGUUAUUUCCCUGAGCACGGACCCAGGCUCCCCUCCCGUUAGGGGGACACAAGCAGUUUUAAAAGACAGAACUGCGAGGCAGAAAGGCAGAGGCUCUGCUUCAUCCCUGUCCCGAGGCAAAGCAGCUGGGGCCGGAUUUGCACCAGGAACCACCUCACCUCGCCUUCUGUACCGAGCUGCUCUGGAAAUGGGUCGAGGUCAACCCUCACUUCACUUCUCGCCCCCUGUCCCCGGUAAAUUCCAGCAACUGUUUCAUCAGCCACCUGGGCCCAGCGCUGGGAUGGGCGAUGACGCUCGUUAAUGGAGAAUGUGCAGUGCUGAUGCCACCUAGUGCCUCUGCACGUCGAGCUGGACGAGGCAGCUGGAUCCGGCCCCGCACUGCGCCCGCUGCCCUGUGUCUGGGCGGGAGCACACGGAGCGGUUCAGCCCCACCUCCGCCCUCUCCAAACCCACCUGGAUUUCUUGUGUUUUAAGAGCAAUGAGAAACAAAGCAAUACUUUAAAAUGUUUUUGAAUUGCAUCUUCUGGCACAGGUCGUUCUCUGGAGUUCCUAACAGAACUUGACCUUGCUGUCAGGGGAGGUUUGCUGCCUGCUGGGCUCUCAAGUCAGGGGUGCUGGGGGAGGAUGCUGAGGCACAUCCAGCCCUCGUGCCGUCAUCCCUCAUCGCUCUUCCAGGCUGCAUGCGUAGCUCUGCUUCACCAACCCCCAAACCAGAAAGGAAAGGGAUAAGCUCCGGUCCUCUCUUGUGGUGAGGACAACGCACCGUCCCGUCAGCUGCCUGGUUUAGGAGCAGUCCUGAUCCCUGAUCCUCACCGAGCUCUUGUGGACUUCAGAGAAAUUAAACCUUAAUUCCUCUUUGCUCUGGUGGUUUCCUGGAGCACUGGAUAAUUGCUAUCCCAAGCGCUGCCAAGGCUGCGGUCUCUGAGUAAUUGGAGUGUGAGCGGAUCUUGUUCUGAUUAGGGCUUGGCUGGGGCUGGCGUGCGCUCGGGGCCGUGGGAUGAGGUGUGUGCGCGCGGCGGCCCCUGGGGCUCGGUGGAACGGAGUGAGCGGCCGCGCCGAAAAUCUGAGCCUGGGCUCUGCCUGCCAGACUGCACACGGCGAGGACCAGCACCUCACCCCUCACUCUGCUUGCUUUGGAGCUGGAGUGCCUGCGGGUCUGCCCCUCACCUGCACAGAGAAAUGCAGCCGGUGCAGUCGUCUCUGUGCUUUGUCUCUUUGCUAUCGCUUCAUCCCGCCUCAGCCCGAGACCUGCUGGGCUGCGGGGUCUGCCAGAGCCACCCCGCCACAGCGGUGAUGAAGGAUGCAUUUGUGGGAGCCCAGCGCUGGGCCCCUCUGCCCUUGGCAGGAGGCUAACGAGUGAUGGUGCAACGAGCCCGUGGGCACAGCCCCUUAGUGCCAGGCUCUCACGGUGCACGCAGAGCGGUUUUUCUCCGAACGGAACAGGAAGCUGUUUGUGGCAAUCGCUGUCAUCGUGGCCAUCACCAGUUCUGCAGCUCUCGGGGCCCCUGCGCCGGGCGGUUCGGGGUGCGCGGCCCCCAGACGGGGGCUGCUGGACCCUGCUGGAGCCCCGACCCCUGUGAGGGCUGGAGCGAGCAGCGGGGCCGUGCCAGGGCUGACGUCGGAGGAACUGCAGCAUGGGCGAGGCGGGCUUGUUCGUGCCUUCGGAAAGGGGAAGCGGUGAGAUGGUUGAACCAGAGGCCCCCGCGAGCAGCCCAGCAGCGCGGCUGCUGCUUCCCCGAUGAGGCUCCGCUUCUUGCUUUACACCAGUAUCUGGAGAAAUCGGGGCUGUCAGCUGUAAGCGUGCCCGGGGAACUCACCAGAGAUGCCUCCAGCCUUCAGGGUAAGUCAUUCUCCGCACGAGCUCCAUCCAACGACACCGGACUUGUUGCUCAUCUUCCUCGCGGUUUUCUGAUGAAGCAGCCUCACCCUGCCGCACGUGAAGAGGAGGUUGGGGUUUAACCCACCGGGCAUCCCCCUGGCUCCCUUUGGGGCAGUGCUGGGGUGUCCAAAGACCCCAUGGGUGCUGCUCCUGCUGCUGCCACACCACAGCUGAAGGUUUGCAGAUGUCUCCCCCCCAGCAGGACCUCAGCACUGCCUACGGCUGGGUUUGGGCCUGGCUGAGCUGGGGUCCCCCAAACCCUCUCCAAAGGGCCGCUGCUGAGCUGGGUGCCCGUGUUAUCAGGGAGAUGCCUGCAGAGGGGAUGUGGGAGGACUGCGCUGGGCAGAUGACGCCUUGAGGUUUGUGGUCGGGUGAGGGAAACGCUCCUCACCACCCACCUCUGUGUGACACCAGCCCGGAGCAGGCUCCAUGCUGUGGAGAUGCCUGUGGCCAUCCCCAGAACAGCUGGGCUCUGCUCAGCGAGGCUGCGAUUGUAAAACCAGGCUUUGUCAGCCUGCUCAAGGGCUUGGGAGCAAGGUUUGGAGCCAGUGUGAGCUGUAGGGCUGGUGUCAGUGGGGCUCAGAGACCUCAGCAUGGGGGAUUUGGUGUCUUGGGGCAGUUUGGAGCCAGCUCCCACCUCCCUUUGUGGGGGAGCUGAGAAGGGCUUGGAGGAUGACCUUUGCCAGGGAAUGGGGUCUUGCUAAGACCCCAAGGUGAUGCCAGUGUUGCAGAUGGGAGAGGGUCUUGCACCUUCCCUUGCAGAGGCUGUGCAAAAUGAUGCCAAAGGUGCAAAUAUCCAGCCGGUACCCUCAGCUCUUGCCCUGCACUUCCCAGGUGGAGGUGCCCUGUGCCCCUGCAGGACGGACAUGCAGGUGACGGUUUGUCUGGCUGACAUCUGGUCACCAUGAACGGAGCAGGGAGGUUUUGACAGCGAGGGGCAGGUUUGGGUGUGUUUGCAGCCUGUCUUCUGCUUCCCUCUGCAAGCCUCAGCCAGUGUUCGGGGCUGCAUGUGCUGCGGGGCCACUAAUCCCUGGGCCCUGCUGCAGGAAGUCACUGACCCAUCACACAGGUGGGAAUGCCGGAGACCAGGAAUUUCUCUCUGGCUACAGCUUCCAUCAGCUGAUACUUCUGACAAAACACUUGGCUUCUCCACUCCCCCCUUGGCAGCCCCUGGGCUGCAGCCUGCAGCGCUGCCUUAGACCGCGCUGAGCUCUGCCGUGCGCCGUGCUGUCGUCUCCUGCUUGGGGCUGUUCCUCGCACGGGGCUCCGAGGGCUCCCCAAUGUCAGACUCACUGCUCAACCACUCCUGGCCGUCGUUCUCGAAGCGCUGGAAGAAGAGAUGGUCCUUUAAGCGAGGGUCCGACUGCAAGCCGUGCUUACGGGAACUCGCUGAGCGCAGCCCCUCUGCUUUGGAGUACCGCGGCCCCAAGAGCUUCCUCCCGUCCCUGAUCGCUGAGGAUGACACCUUCUUCACCAGCAUGGCUGAGGAAAAGGAGGACUCCUCUUCCACAGAGCUGGACGUCCCCGCAGCUGACUUGCACAGCAGCACGGAGGAUCUCCUCUCAGACUCGGCUCUCCACGGCACAGAGUAUUACAAAGACCUGGGGCUCCUGAGCCCGCCAGCUGCCAAAACAGCGCCGGAGGCAGCAGCGCAGCCAGAACCAGCCCCCCAGGCUGUGUCAGCCAUUCGUUUAUUGGAAGAAAGACCUGAGGCUCUGAGCAAAAUGUCCGUGGACGUUGCUUUUUCCAAUCCCGUGUCCUGCUCGGUGCGUUACGGCGAGGCCGACUGCCACUUCUUGAACAAAGGUACCAGCGCUGCCGAUGGUCCUGAGGAGACGGGUGAAGACCUGGACCUGCAGGAGACCACGGAGUCCUUCCCCACGCUGGUGAGGUCUAUGUCUACCUCUCGGAGGCACAGCUGGGAGAGCCCCUUGUCACCCGUGGACUGCAAGCGCAGGUUCAGCCUGGAUACCACAGAGACGGGCAGCGACGCGGAGCAGGAGGAUGUGGAGAAGGGCAGCCGGUCCUGCCCGCAGCCUCGCGUGUCCGUGCAGCUGCCCCGGGGCGAGCUGGAAGCCUGGAGCAGCACCGGGGGCAGCAUGGUGAUCAAGGUGGAGAUAGAGCCGCUGCGCCCGAGCCUCCCGGGCUGCCCUGGCUCGGAGGAGGUGGAACGUGGCAGUGACGGGAAGAGACUGAGGUCGAAGUCUGUCCCAUCAGCCUGUGAGAUCGCCUCCCCUCCGAUACCCUGUGGUUUCAACACUGCUCUUUCGGUCGUGGAAGGUGUCGAACCCCCUGCUCUGGAGAUGCUGGAGAAGGAUCACGUGUCCCCAGACCACGUGCUAAUUGUCCAGCAGGUACUUCAGGAGCUGAAGCAGUAUCAUGGGGCAAAGCAGAGAGUUUGUGUGCAAGAAGGCAGUGAUUCCUCCCAGCAGAACCUCACCUGGUUUGAGUUCCUGUCUAAUGAAAAUGAGGACAGUGGAAAGAGUGACAAAGCAGAGAAAGGCACCAAGGUGAUGCGCCGUCUGAGUUCCUUGCGGAGCCGAGUUACCGGGUCCUGGCAGAAGGAUAAGGGUAAGAACAAAGAGCAAUCAAAAGAGAAAGAGAAGGAGAAAGAGACAAAGGAGCCAAAAGAGAGGUGGAAAGAGGUUAAUCGGCACCAGCUUGUGCCAGGGGUUUUCUCCAGCUGCACCAGCUGCUCCCUGUGUGCCAAGCCUCUCGUGAAUAAAAGUGGUCUGCAGUGCCUGAACUGUGCAGUGAAUGUCCAUAAGAACUGCAAGAGUUUACUGGCUGAAUGCAGCAGCAUCAGACCCAAGCAGAAAGAUUUGCAGCACAGACCUUCUGGAUCUCCACAAAGUUCGUCCCAGUGCAUUUCCCCAGCCGCUUCCUUGAAGGAGCAGCCCCGAAGUCUUCUCCUGGGACCGGAUGGGACCCCAGUACUAUCACGGAAUCUCGGUAUGACUAUUACCCAGAGAGGAAAUUCUCAGUCUUCAUUGAACACUGCUGAAGCUGUUAAUAAAUUUCGACUAAUUUCAGGAGACAUGGAUGAAGGGGAUUCAGGAUUUAUAAAAUUUAAGCAGACCUCAGAUGAUGUUGUCUCACUUGCACCUUCAACAGCAGACUCCAUUUUUCUGGAAGAUGCAUAUUCUAUAUCCCUCCGAAGUGAAAUAGAAACAGAUGCUCAUGAGUUUGAGGCAGAGUCUUGGAGUGUUGCAGUGGAACAGAGUUAUGCAAAGAGACAAAAGAAAGAAGUUAUAAAAAGGCAAGAUGUCAUUUACGAACUAAUGCAGACUGAAAUGCACCAUGUUAGAACACUGAAAAUAAUGCUGAAGGUAUACUCCAAAGCCAUGAGAGAGGAACUGCAGUUCCCGAAUGCAGUCAUCAACAAGCUCUUCCCCUGUGUGGAUGAGCUGCUGGAGAUGCAUGCGCAAUUCCUGCUCCAAUUAAAGGAGCGGCGAAAGGAGUCCUUGGAAGAAGGCAGUGACCGAAAUUACAUAAUCCAGAACAUUGGAGACCUCUUGGUAAAACAGUUUUCAGGUGAAAAUGGGGAGAGAAUGAAAGAAAAAUAUGGUGUGUUCUGCUGUGGACACAAUGAAGCUGUUAGUCACUAUAAAGACCUGCUCCAAAACCAUAAGAAGUUCCAAAACUUAAUAAAGAAAAUCGGCAACAGUUCCAUUGUGAGGAGACUUGGUGUUCAAGAGUGUAUUCUUCUGGUUACACAGCGCAUCACCAAAUACCCAGUCCUGGUGGAACGCAUUAUUCAGAAUACAGAAGCUGGAACUAAGGAUUAUGAAGAGCUGACCCAGGCCCUUAGUUUAAUUAAGAACACAAUCACUCAUGUAGAUGCCAUGGUAAAUGAGUGUGAGAAAGGGCAGCGCCUGAAAGAGAUUAUGCAUAAAAUGGAGCAAAAAUCAUCUGGGAAAUGCAAGAAUGGGCUUCUCUUCCGAAAGGAUGAUAUGGGACAGAGGCGGCUUCUGCUCGAUGGGAUGCUGUACUGGAAAGCUGCAUCAGGGCGACUCAAAGAUAUUCUGGCAGUCCUGUUAAAUGAUGUACUGUUGCUCUUGCAAGAAAAGGACCAAAAAUAUACAUUUGCAUCAGUGGACUCUAAACCACCAGUUAUCUCAUUACAAAAACUGAUUGUAAGGGAGGUAGCUAAUGAGGAAAAGGCAAUGUUCUUAAUCAGCGCUUCCUUAAAAGGACCAGAAAUGUAUGAAAUUCACACAAGCUCUAAAGAGGAGAGGAAUUCCUGGAUGGCUCACAUCCGCAGAGCUGUAGAAAGCUGUCCUGAUGAAGAAGGAGGAACGUUUAAUGAACCCGAAGCAGAAAGGAGGGUGGCUGAAGCAAGAGCUGCGAAGCUGAGAGAUUUCCAAGAGCGUUUGAGCAUGAAAGAUGACCUGAUUAUGCAAAGUCUAACUGAGAAGCAACAGAUUUAUCUAGAAAUGUCUGAAAUGAAUGGGUUUGAAGACAAUUCCCAAGGAACCCGAUCUAGGCUACUUUUUCGGGGGGAUAUCUCGGAAAAUCUGCAAGGAGAGUCACUUUUGAAGUCUGCAGUGGUAGAAGCUGAAAAUCUCCAGAACCUUAUCUUCACUCACUUAGGAAAUGGAUACUGUCAGCCUGAAGAUAGCUGUGCACCGGGACUCCCCAGGAGAGCAGAGACCUUUGGAGGAUAUGACAGUACUCCCUCAAUUUCAAACAACAAUAAUAGUCUUGGGAAGAGCAGUGGUGGUGACCAGAGACAGUGGGACUGGAGAGGCCCUGCAGUAAGUUCAGACAUGCAUCUCCAGGACCUCCCAUUGGAUGCAGAAGAAGGAUCUCAAACUAGUGAUAUAACAGGGCUGGAUGACAACAGUGGUAUUCAGCCCACCAUAGAGUCUCAGCUUGUCCAAAGGAUACAAAAACUGCUACAGUUGCUCUUCAAUCUUCAGGCAGUGAUAUCUCAGCAGGACAGCUACAUUGAGAUGCAACGAGCCACCAUGGUAGACCGGGAGAAGCAAUACCGGCUGCAGUCUACACGCGGCAACCUGCUGCUAGAGCAGGAGAAACAGCGUAACUUUGAAAAACAGAGAGAAGAACUGAUGAAUGUACAGAAACUUCAGAACCAGCUGAAACUGGAGCAGCAACGCUGGGAACGGGAAAGGAGUCAGCAGCAGAGGGAACUAGAAAUCACAGAAGUCCAGCUGCAGAAGCGCGAAGAGGAAACUCGGCAGCUGAAAGACAAGUUGAUUCAGGAUAGAGCAGAACUCGAGAGGCAGCGAGAGGCCUAUCAGCAUGACCUAGAGAGGCUGCGGGAAGCUCAGAGAGCAGUAGAGAAAGAGAAGGAGCGUCUAGAUCAGCUAAGGAAGCUGAAAAAGCAGAACACGGUGUCAGGCACAUUCUCCCCCGAAAUGGGACAGAACCAGAUGCAAAGCCACUCCGUUAGCUUCAAUGGAGAAGGGGUAGAACCAUCUCUGCCAGUCUUGAAAAGCUCUGCGAGAGUGAGCAUCUCUGGAAUAGAUUACUUGGAACGGCCAGAGCUGGUUCGUAGGGACAGUGCCACCCUGGAGAAUCGUCCAGUUCUUGCACUGAAGAACGAAGUGCCAAUCCAUCUCCUGAGUGCAACUAAUCAGAUACAGAAACCAGCUGCAGUUCAGCAGCAGAUCCCUACUAAGCUUGCCGCUUUUACAAAAGGAAGCAAAGAGAAAGGUGGGAAGAGCAAAGCAUCUCACAGGACAGACAGUUCGGCAUCUGUUGAUCAGAAGCAGCUGAUUCCCCCUAGGCUCGUUGGACGAGAGGAGGGUAUCCUCAGAGGCAGGCGAUCAGCAAGUCCAGUCCUCCCAAGCAGCCAGACCACUGCAUUCCAGACAGAAUUGUAUGGCUCUACAGAUGGUCAGCCAGAAGCACUUUCAUCUGCCUCAGCAAACCCAUUCAAGCCCAGUAACGUUCACGUUCAGACCCUGGUGACCUCUCAGUCGACUCUGUUAAAUGCACAAGACGAUACCAGCAAAGAAGAUGUAAUUUUUUUCUAAUUGUUUCCAUUUAAAGGUCAGUCUUCUGACAUACUGAUUCAAGAACUCAGGCUCCAGUGUUCAACGUGACAAAGACCUGACAUGGAUGUCUUUUUAUCCUUGCCCUGCUAAUACUAACAAGGACCAGACCAGGAUUACAGUUUUACUUUGUUGGCUUCUUUGCCAGCAGCUCAAAAUGAGGGCACAGUGGUAAUAAUUUGCUUUUAAAUUCUCCAACCAUGGAAAUGUGUUGACGCAUAGCAUGGGUGUAUAAAUUCAGAGCAUGUUAAAGUGCUGCCAUUUACUGCAAUUUGCUCUCUCUGGUGUAUCUACGCUCUUUGUGGGCACCAUCUUGUAAAUUGUUGUAGUUGAUAAUGAAGCUCCCAGAUUUUUAUGUAAAAAAAUUUUAGUAGUAAGCCCCAAAAUGGCUGAGAUUUUUUAAAUCCCUUUUUCACAGGUGCAAGGUCACUGUAGUGGAUUAUGCUAACUGUGUGUUAACUUGUUGACUAGCAAGCCAGUCUCCUUACAGCCAGGCACGACGAACGUUGUGAUACCGCCUCACAGGAACCAGGCUAGCAUCUCUGUUUCUUUAGUAAAUUUAGCGGAGCGCAUGCUCAGUGGCCAGGUACAGUAGGAAAGAUAAGGUAAGCUGCUUAAGAGUCUUCAAGGUUCAAGAGCUCCACCUGCUUGUGGCUGAGGAGGGUUGAACAUAUGAGAACACCCAGCGGUUACGAAGACUUGGACUCAAUGCACAUUUCAUUGGAUGUCAGCUUGCACGAGGAAGCUGUCCCUUUACAGACACUGAGUGGCUCUCCGGUUAGUGAGAGCAGUACAGGUUCCCAAGCAAAACUCAUGAGCUGGUUCAGAAGGAACUUAGAGACCUGGAUUUUGUUCCUUGAUGGAAGACGUAUAAUAAGUGUUUGAAUGCAGUAAUUACUGUCUCGUUUCAUCCCAAGUCUUCUGCGUCUUUCGUUUGUCUGCCAACUUCUUGGGACUUUACUCCGAGUAUCAGAAGAUAUCAAAGCUGCUGUUACUGCAGAGGCUUCUCUGCAGCACUGUAAGGAAUGAAGGGAAUAAGAACUGUUUGUUUUGUUGUUUUAUUUUUUUUUAAUAAUAAAAAAGUGCUAUUAGCUAAACCUGGGUUGGUUUAGCUGCUUACAGCUAAACCAGCUUUGAUACCUCUUGUUAAAUGGGUCAGUUCUUAAUUAUGGAAUGAUGAUGAUAUUAACAGAGCCCUGCUCAAAAGGCAUUAUUUCUCUUUGUAGUAAUUUGCACAGUCAUUUGUUGUAUUCUAUUACUUUGCUCUGUAUCUCAGUUCUUUAUUACUCACGUCACCGAAGGACGUGUAUUCCGAUGUGUGUCAGAUGUGACCAGUCAGAUAUAUUGUGCGCAGGAGAAACUGUUCAAAGGACAUUAUUACGGAGUUAGAGAAAUCAGAAUCUCGCAGUUCAAAAACUUGGGUUAAUACCUUUCAGAACAUGAUUGAUGGGGUUAUUUUGUAUCUUUAACCCUGGCUGGGAGUGAUUUUCAGCACAAGUGAAUGGAAUGCCUGAUCAGUUCCCAUUCAGCCUCAUGGCAGUGGCUCGGAAUGGCAGUUUAUCAGUCUCUCUUCAAAUCAUUGAAUCAGUUACUCUAUCUCGGUUGUCAGGGCCUAUGUGACUUUAGUAAUGUUCUUUAAGACAGUAACUUCACUUUGCUUGAAGGUUUUAAAAUUAUUGCAGUACUUACAGUGCAAGAAACGUAAAUUUUCAGCAGAAAAUAUGGAGUUUAUUUCCAAGAGGUUAUAAUUAGGGUUGUUAGUGUCUCCAGACAAGAACUUGAAAUAUCGAAACUUACUGGUCAUUGUGAGAGCAAAAAUAUAAGCUAAGAAAACCUGAUUCUGUCUUGGGGAGCACGCAGUCCUUACUGUAAUGCUUCUUGUAUUUAAGGGUCUUUUUGCUGAGUGAUACUGGUACCAACCUAAAACAAGGCACAGUUCAACAGAGUUGCAAUGUUACCUAUGAGAGGAAACUCCAAACUAUCUAGUUUGUUGUCAGGCUGGUGAUACUUCCCCCCCAUCACACCUCCCCAGCAAAGUAAUACAAUUAAAUAGGACACACUUCACUUUAAUACCAAAGUAUUGCUUCGUAAAUCAUGAGCCUUGCAGAACUUACACAGGUUAUCAAUGUCUAGACCUGCAGAAAACAGUAUGAGGAGCGUAGUCAUUUUUGCAUUGUUGUGAUACUGUGUUGAUAAUGGUUAGAACAUAUUUCUACAUUGUAUUUUUGCAUUCCUAAAACCUAGGUUAAAAUAGUGGGAAUACCUUAAAAUGAAUGUAACUUCUGAUCAAUUCAGCAGCUCUAUAGGACUGAUUCUUCAGUCAGCCGAUGUGGAGACUCUAGUCAUCUCUGAUACCUGUGUAAUUCCUUCUGUAAACGUACAGCAAAGCAGCAAGAAUGUACAGUAUGUUCUCUCCAUGCUGUGGUUUGGUCCACUCCUAGUGCAAACUCUAUGCCCCCAUUGCCCUAAAUUACCAGUUUUUAGCAGCUUUAACCUAAAGCUAAGUUGCAUCGGUGGAAUAAACCACCUCAGCCAAGGAGGGAAGUCUCUGUUUAGAUAUUUUAAAACAAAUUUUAGAAACAUGUAUUUGGCUCAGUUUUGUGCCUGUCUUAAUGUAUGGGAGAGAGAGAGUGUUCUAUGGACCAAAGAGGUUUAUUUGGCAACGUUUUUCUUCUUACUCUGUGCAGUGAAUGAUCUCAGAUAUAGGAUGGUAACAUCUGGAAAAUAUUAAGUCUGCAGUGAGGUCUCAUUUCCUUUAAUAUGUUUUAACUUAAAUAUAACUUUUAAUAUUCAUUGUCAGCAGUGCUUUGGAUAAGUUGUGGCUGUUAGCAAAUGGACACGGGACUUUUACAGGCUAGGCUGUUGGUUCAGCACACCAAGAGUUCUUUGGAAUACUGGUUUUCAAUCUGUAACUGAGAAAUUACCUUAAAAGUUAUGUCUUCAAUACACAUCUGGCUGCAGCUAGUCUUAGGAAAGCCAUUUUCCCCAUGAAUAGAGAUUGCAUCAUCUCAAAAUCAUAGAAGUGCCAUACAAGGUAUUUAUGUGAUUUCCUGUAUAAGUAUGGUAAAAUUAUUUGUAGAAGGCUGAGGGAAGCAAGUGAAAUAUUUUCUUUAAAUGAAGUAUGGGUCUGCACUUCUGCAAAAUCGAAUCUGUGAAAUUGUUAUUAAAUCACUCUAGUUGAGUGCACUUGUUUUGGAUUCUACUCAAAUCUAAUUUGUAGAAAAAUAAUCUUUCUAAGCAGAUUGUAUUGCAAAAUACUUCUGUAUCCUGGGCUAAGUGACAUGCUAUUGAUUCUGAGUAAUAUCCUUUCCAUUUGACUCUCGCUUACUUCAGAUAAAAGUUUCCUUUUAAGUGAUAUCAGAGGAUUAGACAGUUCAAAACUCUGCCUCCCAGGUGCCUUUUGGCUUCUUUCUUGAGCUGGGAUGUGGAGGAAAUUACAGCAUGAGCUCUGAACUGCCUUCUUCUUUGCUUUGUGUCACAGCCUUAAAAUUAUUGUCCUGUUUGUCCUGUGAUGUUGCAACGUAGAGACCGUUUCUGUGGUUCUGAUUCUCAGUUUUAACUCUGGUGUAAAAGAGACUUCCUCUGUCCCUUCCCAUUUGGACUGUGGUCAUUUUGUAUUUCAGACUGAAGAUCCCUCCAUAUUCGCUAGUACUGAGCACAUCUGCCCUGUGCAUGCUGUAAAUGCUUUCCUAGUUUUCAGCUGUACUAUCUGUGGAUUGUAGAUGUGGCACAUCCCAUAAAUUGAAAUCGCUAAUCAUUUCCCAGCAUGAAGCAGAAGAAUUGGUACUUCUAGAGAUUCUUGCUCAGCAAGCUAAUAGUAUUCCUGCAAAGGUAGGAGUAAUUCUAAAUAAAUUCCUAGCAGUUUUGUCUUUCUGAGUAAUAGAUGAUCCUGCAUACAUGGGAUUUGGUGUUUGUCAUUUUCAUUUACAAUGAAAGAUGAAACUUAAACUAGGAAAGGUUUAAGAUAUAUUUUUAGUUUCACUUCUACUUUCAGUUCAGCAGAAUGGGAGCUAAGUCUCCCCUGGUGGUGCUCAGUGAUGUUCCUGUAUGUUGUGCCCCUGUGCAAGGGAAUUUGGAGCAUUUUUGUUGUCUUCCCCAGCAGUUCUCACAAGAAAAAAAAAACAACCUCCUUGAUGCCAGAUUAUACAUGGUAUUCUUGCCUGACCUUCUUGCUGAAUAGGUUUAUAAAUUAAAAAAAAAAAAAAAGCCUUUGCCUUCCCCUUCAAGGCCAGACCCAAAAUCUUUGUAACUGGCAGCUCUUGAAUAUUUACCAUCAGCAUGUGAUACAUCAAAUACCAUUUGUGUGAGCUCUGGUUCGUACCAUUUGUGCCAUGUUUAUAAAUCAGUUUUUUUAUAUUUUUGUACUGAAAGAAAUCGGAGCACUUUAGAAAAGUUUAUUUCAGAUUCCAUUGCUGUUUGUACCUAAAAGGAAAUUGUCAUGGAAAUAGAUCCUGUCGGCAUAACUGCGUGCAUGUCACUCAGAGCUGUGAUCUCUCUCGAUGCUAUUUAGUCUUAGGUCUGGUUUCUAGGCCCACCUUGCACUGUAAAGACUUAAUAAAUAAUCAUGGUUCAUGGUUAAAUUGACCAUUUUGUUGGGGAAGUGUUUGGGUUUGUUGUUUUUGUUUUUGUUUUUUCUUUGUUAGGGUGUAAACAUUGUAAAUAGUUCCUUUACUGUUGAUACUUCAGUAGCAACGUCUUUGUAGUCUUAUUUUAUUUGUAAAGUUGACAGUUAAAUGUUAAUAUUCUGUUGAAUUGUGCACUCUUGAUUAACUGUAAACUUGAUCUUAGCGCACCAAAUGAUUUUUACAAUGACUGCAAUGUUUCUCCACUGAAGGAUUUCAGAGCUGCAAUAGGACUGAAACCAACUUCUAGCAAUAAAAAAAAAAAAAAAAAAAAAACUGCCUUUAUAUACAUAUACAUUAGUCAUA